CUCAGGCAAAACAUGAUAUAUAACAACUGUAACUCCUACCUCAUUUUCUGCGUAUUAUAUUCAGUAUUUACGUAUGAUGAUUUGUCUUACAAUAAAACAGCCUCGCAAUCAAGAAGAGUAGCAUGGCCGUUUUCUGAUGUUAGUAAUGCUAAAAAUGCAGUUGAUAGAAAUGCAUUAUCGUGUACGAAGGCACAAUAUAUAGGACUUAACUCUCCAGACAAGACUUUAUGGUGGAAAGUGGAUCUUGGUGGAGUGUACAACAUUUACAGCGUUAACAUUAUAUUUAAGAACUACAAAGGAUAUGAGAGCAGACAACGAGGACGUUUUGCCGGAUUCUCUCUUUACGUAUCAUCCACUGGUUAUAUACCCGGUUCUACCUUGUGUUACAAAGAUGGACCUGAGUUACCACCACUUAAUUUCACAACAACUUGUAUAGAGUCCGGGCGUUACGUCAUCUUUUACAACGAACGCUUAAAAGAUAUAAUCUACCCAGAGGGAUAUAAAACGUUAAACGUUUCAACUGAAUUAUGUGAAUUCAUCGUAAAAGGAUGUAGUUCACCAGGUGUGUAUGGCAAUAACUGUGACAAACGUUGUCCCAACAACUGUAAAGAUAGCACAUGUCACAUUCAGAAUGGAACCUGUUUUGCCUGCAAGUCGGGACGGACCGGGGAAAUCUGCAAUAGAGAAUGUGUAAUAGGAUGGUACGGUGAAAAUUGCAAUCGUCGUUGUGCUGGACAUUGCAAAGACGGAACUACUUGUAAUCACGUGACUGGUCAAUGUAACGAAGGCUGUGAUACUGGGUGGACAGGAUUUAUGUGUGACAAAGCUUGCCAACCUGGUAAUUAUGGUAAAAACUGUUCCCGUGCGUGUUCGCCUAACUGCAAGACUUGUCGACACAAAGAUAUUCUAUGUUCCUGUAAGGCAGGCUGGAUGGGUGAUAAUUGUACAACAGAAUGUAUCGGGUCCUAUGGAGAAAACUGUCAGUAUCCGUGCAGUGUACACUGCAUCAACCAGACUUGUGACCGAUUCAAUGGAAACUGUCUGUGUGAUGGCAAAUAUGAUAACCAGAGGAAUUUUGAGAGGACAGAUUUACCAACUCAUCCAUUGUGGAUGGUUGCAUUCUUUGUAUCACUCAUUAUCCACAUCAUUUUCAUCUCUGCUACGUUGAUGAGUCGACGGAAAACAUUCUUGAAACAGAAAUCGACAACGGUGGAUAAAUCUGAAAUUUCUAGGACGUCUGUGUCCAAUACAGAACAAAAUACUUCCACCAAUACUGCAUCUAACUACCAAGAGCUCCAAAUAUCAAAGAAUGAAAACAACUAUCAAACUCUACAUCAGGAGUGACUUUCAAAAGUGUGAACCUGUGCUAUUCAUUUACCUGAAUGUAGACUGUUUUGUCGGUAAAAGUUAAGAACUGCACAACUACACGCAUGCUUUUCAGUUACCGUUUAGUUAUAUUACACUGAAUUUUUGCUGACUUUCACCAAAUAAUAUAUUCAUGUCUUUCAAAUCUGUCUGUGCAAAAACAGUGCUUACUUCCGUUUAAAAGUUUUUUUUUAAAGAAAACUCAGAAAAGUAUUUCUCAAGAAUGUCAGGUAAUAUCAUUAAUACAUCAAAUAAGCAUACCAUGUAGUUCCGAUGUUUACUAUUUUCAGAAUUAGAAGUAGGGAUGUACAACACAAGUUUUGAAUUGGUAAAAUUUUGUCUGAAGCUGCACACAGUUGCGAGAUUUAAAACCAAGUCUUGGCAAAUGAAGAUAGAGACGAUUCAGUCUUGAUAUGGUUUUGUUCAUAUCUAUAUUAUCUGGCCAAAAAUAUAACAUUUUGGCCAAUGAAUCAAUUUGAAUUUGGACAAAAACACUAUAAAUGUUGCUAUAAAAUUACCAAAUUGAUUGAUUAUAUCAAUUUUCAAUUCAAUUUAUAUUUAAAAGUAUCUUAGAGUUUGAGGCCUUUUUUAUACCGACAUAUGUGUAGUUUAUUUUUUGAUACGGUUUUUGUAUAUACAUUUGUUGUAAUCAGUCAAUUAAAUAACAUGUCUUUACGAUUAUUAGGUAGAACAGUCUACACAAAGAGCCAGAUAUUUAGUUUUGUUUUAUAAAGAUCUCACGUUCACAUAUGAAAACCCUACAUCCUUUUUUUACACACUAUAACAUUUAUUGGUCAUUUUUGUUUCAAUUAAGAAACCUAUUAACUGUUUUUUUCUCCUCUUAUAAUGCUUUGUUGUAGCUUUAUGAAAGUUCAUGAAUAUAAAACUUUCACUUUAUUAUUCAAAUGAAAAAAAUAGCAUCCAUGAGUUUGUCGGCAAAUUUUUCACACGUUAUUUAGUGCUUUUCUAUUUGGAGUAACAAUGACUGCAAUUAAGAAAGUAAGGGUUAAUAUUACUCCGAUUAUAACUGAGUCAGUAACCUUCUGUUUUUAUUAUAUUAUGAAAUGAAUUAAAGCCUGUAGAUCAUGUCAUGUUUCACAUCGAAUUAUGUAUUGCCCCAUAUUAUUUCCUUGAUAGUAUUUUUCUUAGUGCAUUUAAUAAAAGGAAAUCCUUCUAUUUACUAUGGAGUACAUGAAGUAAUGGACAACCACUUCAUUUAUAUUUACAACGAUUCGUGACUAGUUCUUCCGGAAUCGUCUAAUCAUAACGCAUCUUCAAAGCUUAAGAUUUAAUUUAAC